GUUCACUCCCUAAUCUUUCUCAAAUCCAUUUGGUUCAAUCAAAAUAACUCAAUAUGGCUUCUAAAGCGUUAUUGUUAUUUGUUGUGCUCACAUUUCUGUUGGUAACUGGAAUGGAAGGGAGGAUACUUGGGGUUAACUCAAAGAGUAAAGAUGGUGAGAGCAACGAUCUUUUGCGACGGUUAGGUUACAAUGUUUCUGAACUAAAGCGUAUCGGUCGAGAGCUUUCCGUCCGAAACGAAGUAGAUAGGUUUUCUCCAGGAGGACCUGACCCUCAACAUCACUCUUAUCCUUUGUCUUCAAAGCCCUAAUUUUAUCAGAGAGUUUGUGUUGCAGCCUUGCAAUAUGUAUAAUAUUAUUAUGAUUUUAUGUUAAUUACUGAAGACUUGUGAAGUCAAUGGGAUGUUUGAAGUCGUAUAAGCUGCAAGAUUGAGUGUGUACUGAAGUGUGUACUUG